GCCUUGCCAGACUCGACGGCCCUCUCCCUCCCAAAGAUAAAGAAAGAAGGGUAUAGCUAGCCAGCCAUCAAGUACAUCAGAGUGCUGCACCGAGCAGCUCUAGGCUAGCGGAGUUUGAGUAUCACUGUAUCAAGACAGCCACCACCUUCCAGCCAUGGCCAUGGCCACGGCGUCGCCGGCGAGGAUGGUGCCGGUGCUGCUUGCUCUCGCGGCCCUUUGCGCGGCGGAGGCGUCGCCGGCGAAGGUGCCGGCGAUGUACGUGUUCGGGGACUCCACGGCCGACGUCGGCAGCAACAACUACCUGCCGGGCGUCGCCGUGCCGCGGGCCAACUUCCCGCACAACGGCGUCGACUUCCCCACCUCGCGCCCCACCGGCCGCUUCAGCAACGGCUACAAUGGCAUCGACUUCUUAGCUCUGAAGAUGGGAUUCAAGCGCAGCCCCCCGCCGUUCCUCUCGGUGGCCAACAGAACCAACAGGCAGAUCGCGCGAGGGCUGCUGGGAGCAAACUUCGCCUCUGCAGGAUCAGGCAUUCUCGACACCACGGGCGACGCCAUCGUCGCCAUGAGCAAGCAGGUCGAGCAGUUCGCCACUCUGCGGUGCAACAUCUCUGCGCGCAUCGGCGCAGAGGCGGCCGACAAGGUGCUGUCGAGGUCCCUGUUCCUCAUCAGCACCGGCGGCAACGACAUAUUUGCCUUCUUCUCGGCCAACAGCACGCCGACGGCCGCGCAGAAGCAGAUGUUCACCGCCGACCUUGUUUCGCAGUACAAAAACCAUGUGAAGGCUCUGUUCGGCCUCGGGGCGAGGAAGUUGGCCGUGAUCGACGUCCCGCCGAUCGGGUGCUGCCCCUACCCGAGAAGCCUGCACCCUCUCGGUGCCUGCAUCGACGUCCUCAACGAGCUGACCCGUGGGCUCAACAAGGGCGUCAAGGACGCCAUGCAUGGCCUCAGCGUGAGCUUGGGUGGCCUCAAGUACUCCAUCGGGAGCUCCCACGCCGUCGUGCAGAGCAUCAUGAAGCACCCCCAAAGACUAGGUUUCAAGGAGGUGACCACGGCAUGCUGCGGCUCCGGCAAGUUCAACGGCAAGUCGGGCUGCACGCCCAACGCCACGCUGUGCGACAACCGGCACGAGUACCUCUUCUGGGACUUGCUGCACCCGACGCACGCCACGUCCAAGCUCGCCGCCGCGGCCAUCUACAACGGCUCGCUGCACUUCGCAGCGCCCAUAAAUUUCAGGCAGCUAGCGGAGGACCAGUGCUAGAUAGAGCACGCCCGCGUGCGCGAUCGUAUCUGCUGAGUUAUAGGUUUCCUUUACGUGUCUGUGAUGGUGAUGUUUGUGUGUAGGAUAUGUAUAUGCACAGUGGUGUUCGUCUCUGGUUUCAUUUGUGUAUUGUGGAUUAUAAAGAUCAAAAUGGUGCCAUCUCUGUUAUGCAGGUUAAUUACUUCUCCAGGUUGAUAUGUACUAGUAAUGUAUAUCUGAAUGAGCUAAUAUUUAAUUAAUUUGCCCUAACAGUAGUAUUUUUA